AUGACAAUGGGUAACAUUCGUGGUCAUUUGGCAUUCAUCUCAAACCAUCACAUCAAACACAUUUCCAAAAUCGAUUGCUGGACAACUCAACUCGGUGCACGAGUCCGCAUUACUGUGCCAGAGUCAUGUUCCGCACACACUAUCCAUCAACUCUGUCACCAAUCAUCCAUACAACAACUGACACACACAAAAACUGUCAACGCAGGCAUCCAACGACAUCCUCACUGUGUGUUCCACCACUUCCUAAUUGUUGUCAAAUAUUGUCAGUCAAUGUGUCAAACAUUGCCAGCAAACACUCACUACUUUGAUAUAUAUUCAGCCAAACCGACUAUGUGGAUUAUCCGAGACUUGCAUUGCAACGGACAGUUUCAAGCACACAUCCAUUCCACUCAUCCAACUGACAUAUCACAACUCUGCAUAUAUGCCUAUGAUCGGAUUGCAAUGUUCACGAUUGGUGGAAUAUAUGCAGCGUUUGAUGGAUCAUACACGGACACACACGAGCUAUGCAUUCAGUUAUUGGAUGCUGCCAAUGCAACAGUGAAUGACUGUCAACUGCACGCACAUGCACAUACUGCUCGGGAACAUAAACGUCGACUGUAUCGCUCAAUCAAACGGACAACUUGA